GUCACGGAAGACGCAGAUGUUCCAAGUGCGGCCAUCAAGCGUACAAGUGAUGACUGGGGAGGACGUAGUGUUGAGAUGUGUCGUGGCUAACCAGCAAGGGAAGGCACAGUGGACCAAGGAUGGCUUCGCUCUAGGGUUUGAGCGAGGGGUCCCCGGGUACCCUCGCUACCAGUACCUGGGGGACCCCAGCAAGGGGGAACACCACCUGGUGAUCAAGGGAGUCACCCUUGAAGAGGACGGGGAAUACCAGUGCCAAGUGGGACCCACUGCCACCACUUUACCCAUCUGGGCAGCAGCUAAUGUCACCGUCAUGGUGUCUCCUACGAGCAUCAGCAUGGUGGGAGUGAGUGAUGGAGCAGUGAUGGAGGUCCAGGCUGGCGAGUCCUUCCAGCUCGAGUGUCUGGUUACUGACGCCAGACCCCCGCCCACCGUCGCCUGGUACAGAGAAGCCAUCAUACUCAGUAAAGAUCUACAUCAGGAGACGGUGGAGAGAUCCAUGCUGCCUGGAAGAUGGAGCGUGAGGAGCCGUCUUUUCGUGCACCCUAAAGCCGAGGAUGACGGCCAACAAUAUUCGUGUCGUGCUCUACACCCAGCCUUGGCUCGUUAUCCAACAACAUUAGUUGCUUCCGUAACACUUGCAGUCCUCCAUCCACCAGGAGCACCAGUAAUCAGUGGCUACGCAAGUGGUGAAGUGUUAGUGGAGGGAGAGCAGCGCACCUUAAUCUGCCAGGUUGAUGGUGGCAGACCCAGACCCUGGGUGACCUGGUAUAGACACGGCCGCCCACUCAAUCAUGCCCCAGCCAUCCACUUGCUAAGGGGCGGCGACCCCUUCACCGCCAGCUCCCCUACAGCCGACAGCGGGGAGGAGACGGAGUGGAGGGUGGUGAGGGUGAAGCAGGGUGUGUCAGCAGCCAGAGAGGAAGAUGGAGCUGUCUACGAGUGUCGAGUCUCCAGUAAAACUCUGACCCGACCUCUUACUACCAACGUCACCCUCACUGUCCACUACGCACCUUUGAGGGUUGUGGUGUAUGGUCCCUCUGUUGUGGCGGCUGAUCAACUCUUCACUCUCACCUGUCGUACCUCACCUGCCAAUCCUCCAGCCACACUCACCUGGCUCCUGCAAGGUAAGUAUGUGUGUGUGUGUGUGUGAGAGACAGAGACAGAGACAGAGAGAGACAGAGACAGAGACAGAGAGAGACAGAGACACUGCUGGAGAGAUCUGGAGUUUAUCUGGAGAGAGUUCCGGGGGUCAACGCCCCCGCGGCCCGGUCUGUGACCAGGCCUCCUUAGGUCAGUGUCCCAGGAUGCGACCCACACAAGUCGACUAACACCCAGGUACCCAUUUUACUGAUGGGGAACAUAGACAACAGGUGGAAAGAAACACGUCCAAUGUUUCUACUCUGGCUGGGAAUCGAACCCAGGCCCUCACCGUGUGAAGCGAGA